ACAGCACAACGUGUGUGUGUGUGUGUGUGUGUGUGUGUGUGUGUGUGUAACUUUGCUCUGCCCCGGCAUUGCUUUUGCUACUUGAUUGCAUGUGUGUGUAGCUGAGGGAGACAGAGAGGAAGACAGAGAAAGAAGAGAGAGAUUGCGUGUACAUGAUUUAUAGGAAGCACCGGCAACAGCCACAAAGUUUGAGAGCUGUUGACGCUGUGUCACCUCUUGGAUUCAUCUGACUUGGGGGAGGGGAGGAACUGUCUACAAUGCCGUCUUUUGAAGAGUUUCUAAAAGAGGCUGGGGAAUUUGGAAGGUUUCAAAAGCGGGUCUUCCUCCUUCUUUGCCAGACUGGUAUAACCUUUUCCUUCUUAUUUGUUGGUGUUGUGUUCCUUGGCCGCGACCCAGAGCAAUAUUGGUGCAGGGUUCCUUAUGCAUCUAAAUUAAGGAAGCAAUGUGGCUGGACAUUUGAAGAGGAGUACAACGUUACCAUUCGAGCUUCAAGUCUGGUGAAUGAUUCUUCCCAGUGCAAGAGGUAUGACAUGGAGUGGUAUAACACCUCUUCUAGCUGCACCAACCCACUGUCUCAUCUUACCAGCAACAGCUUGAGCAAUGUGUCACUUACAACAUGCCGCCCGGAUGGCUGGCUCUACAAAGAACCUCAUUCAACUAUUGCCAGCGAGUACAACCUUGUUUGUGAGGACAGAUGGCUAAUAGAUAUGACACAGUCUCUCCUCAAUCUCGGUUUUUUGGUAGGAGGAUUUUACCUAGGCUACGCUUCAGACAGAUACGGCAGAAUCAACAUUUACCUCAUUUCCUCCUUUGGGGCAGGACUAUGUGGCCUCAUAGUGGCUUUUGCACCAAAUAUUGUAGUAUUUUCGAUAUUUCGCUUUCUACAAGGUGUAUUUGGAAAGGGAACCUGGAUGACAAGCUUUGUCAUUGUGACUGAGAUAGUUGGUUCAGAUCAGCGAAGGAUUGUUGGAAUUGUAAUUCAGAUCUUUUUCACCCUUGGAGUUGUGAUUCUUCCUGGAAUUGCUUAUCUCAUUCCCACAUGGCGAGAGAUUCAGCUAGCUACGACACUCCCCAACUUCCUCUUCCUGUUGUAUUACUGGGCAGUACCUGAAUCUCCACGGUGGCUACUGACACGUAAAAAAGGAGAAAAAGCCCUAAAGAUCAUUCAGUCCAUCGCCAAAGACAAUGGGAAAUGUCUUCCAUCACAUUAUACUGAGAUCAGUCUCUCCGACAAGGAGGUUAGCAACCCAUCUCUCCUCGAACUGGUUAGAACUCCGCAGAUGAGAAAGUUCACUCUAAUCCUGAUGUAUGCCUGGUUCACAAGUGCAGUGGUUUAUCAAGGGCUUGUCUUGCGCCUGGGAAUCAUAGAAGGAAAUCUGUAUUUGGAGUUCUUUGUCUCAGCACUGAUGGAAUUGCCUUCAGCUUUUCUAAUCUUAUUGACAAUUGACCGCAUUGGCAGGCGCCCUCUCUUUGCAACAAGUGCCUUCGUGGCAGGUGCUGCGUGCUUAAUGACCGCAUUCUUGCCCAAAGAUAUACCAUGGCUAAGUACAUCAUGCGCCAUCUUGGCAAGACUGGGGAUCACCAUAACUUUUGAGCUUGUCUAUCUUGUGAAUUCUGAAUUGUACCCUACAAUAUUCAGAAACUUUGGUGUUUCAUUGUGCUCAGGACUGUGUGACAUAGGGGGCAUUUUAGCCCCAUUUCUUCUCUACCGUCUAGCAGCCUACUGGUCAGAGCUGCCUCUGAUUGUUUAUUGUAUACUUUCCAUUCUAUGCGGGCUUCUGGUCACAUUUUUACCGGAGACAAAGGGCCUUCCCUUACCGGAGACGGUCGAGGAUGUGGAACAACUGCCAAAUGCCUGCACUGCUAUCUACCCUUUCAGCAGAAGGUGUGGGAAACAGAAACAUCAGAUUUCCAGCACAUAUGUUUGAUCAUUUGCCAAAUGUUCUGAGGGCACCGCCAAUCACCUGGCUUUCAGUCUGAUGUCCAGUGGAUGCCAUUAUCAUGCCAGAUAGAGAAAAUGGAUCCUGUUUUUCCAUAAUAAAAAUCCCUAAAAGACACUUAAAGUAAAUACAAUAUUUUUCUAUGACUUUGGGAGUAUGAAUGUGUUUUCUGAGCCUAUUGUUUCCAGGUGGGGAACUGUUAUAUGUGGAUUUUGUAGAAGAGAAAUAAUUUCCAUUAAAUAAGUUGUUUUAUUUGAAA